UUUUUGUCGUUUCGCGCUGUUGCUACAGAGCUCAACUCAUCAAUGUUGGGCUUCUUGCUCGGUACCCUCAGCGGGGUCGCUCCUGAGCUCGGUCCGGCUAGAUAAUCGAGCCGUGGGUGCGGAAGGCCAAGGUGGGGCAGGGUCGUGUGGACGCAGCCUGGCCUCUAUUACUAUCCCGAGGGUCAUCUCCCCUGCCUGGCUUGUUAAAGCAGACAAAUUUUUUCCCAGCAUGCAGCCAAGCGGGCAGGCAGAGCCUGCAUGACCAGACUAGCCUUGAGGGUCUUGAUUGAGAGGCAAGGUUGGAGGAAUGGAACCAGACAUUUAAGAAGAGGGCAAACACCAUUGCCACCCUCGUCGCCACCAUUGUUACCGUCAUUACUAUUGAGAGCUGCUCAUCUGACUAGACGCAAAGAUGCUCCGCUAUCCCCUCGACACGCCCGGCCAGUCGCUCUGGACAUCGCUCAACGAGCACCCGUACCCGGCCAAGCCGGCGGGCCUUUUCCUCUCUGACGCGGCUUUCCGAGCGUCACUGCACCCCGCCACGCCCGUCCUGCUCUCGGCCGUCUACCUGCUUGCGACGACGCUUGCGAACCGCAGAAAGUCGGCGCCGCGCGACAUGGUCAAGGCCUCGGCCACGCUCCAGCAUGCCGUCCUGGCCCACAACAUCUUCCUCUGCCUCUACUCGGCCUGGACAGCCAUCCACGUCGUCUCGAUUCUCGCUCCCUACUUUGCCCAGGGCGCCUCGGCCGGCGGCCUGUCGGGCUUCAAGACGGCCCUCUGCACCGUGCCCACGCACGACGCCUCGAGCACGGGCCUGCUGCGCUUCAUCACGCUCUUCUACUACUCGAAAUUCUACGAAGUCGUCGACUCCAUCAUCCUUGUCCUCAAGGGAAAGAAGGUGUCGAACCUCCAGGUGUACCACCACAGCGGCGCGAUGCUCACCAUGUGGGCCGGCGUCCGGUACAGCGCAUCGCCCAUCUGGCUCUUUGCCGCCUUUAACGGUACCAUCCACGCGUGCAUGUACGCAUGGUACGCUGCCUCGAGCCUCAAGCUGCCGAUCCCCGGUGUCUUGAAGCGCGGCAUGACAACGCUGCAGAUUGCUCAGCUCGUCAGCGGUGGCCUCGUCGCAAGCCUUUACCUCUGGAUGGCCUACGACCCCCAGGCAUACCCUCGGCAUGCGCUUCCCUCGCUCGGCGCACGCCUGACGCUCCCAGAGGACUACUACGGGAGCAAGAGCAACGCGACGAUGGAGUCGCUUGCCUCGUCGACGGUCUACCGGCCCAUCCUCACGGCCGAGGCAGUGAGGGACAAGGUGGCCUCGUCUCUCAGCGCGAGCGGAACGGCCCCCUGCGUCAGCUCGUCGGGCCAGGCAUUCGCAGUUGCGCUCAACGUUGCGUACCUCGUGCCCCUCAUCACCCUCUUUGUCCGUUUCUAUAUCCGCUCUUACCUCGCCAAGCAGAAGACGCAGUAAAAGUGUCUCUUGUCUUUACCGUGAAAUGGCAUCCUUUCCUCUUUCUUUUCUUCUCUCCAUUUCGCGCGCA